CCUCCCGGCUCUGAAGAGCGCGCCGCGAAGGGGACUGGCCGGUUACUUCCUCCGGUGGCGGCACGGAGCGCAGUGCGUCCCCAGCCUCGAGCGCCCGGAGCCGCCCGCCCGCGUCCGGUCAGCGUCCCGGCCCCCGGCCCCGGUGCCCGCGGCUCGGACCCCCGCCCCGUCGCCCUCGCCCGCGUCCGACGCGCACCGCGGAGCCCGGCCCCGAGCCGCCGCCGGCCCUGCCCGAAGCGGCGCGAUGAAUGAUUUUGGAGUCAAGAACAUGGACCAGGUAGCCCCUGUGUCUAACAGUUACAGAGGGACACUCAAGCGCCAGCCAGCUUUGGACACCUUCGAUGGGUCCCUGUUUGCUGUUUUCCCCUCCCUAAAUGAAGAGCAGACACUCCAGGAAGUGCCCACAGGCUUGGAUUCAAUUUCUCAUGAUGCAUCCAGCUGUGAGUUACCUCUGUUAACGCCGUGCAGCAAGGCCGUGAUGAGUCAAGCCUUAAAAGCUACCUUCAGCGGCUUCAAGAAGGAGCAGCACCGUCUUGGCAUCCCAAAGAACCCCUGGCUGUGGACCGAGCAGCAAGUAUGCCAAUGGCUCCUCUGGGCCACCAGCGAGUUCAGCCUGGUCAACGUCAAUCUCCAGAGGUUCGGCAUGAAUGGCCACGUGCUAUGCAACCUGGGCAAGGAGCGUUUUCUGGAGCUGGCACCUGACUUUGUGGGCGACAUCCUCUGGGAGCAUCUGGAGCAGAUGAUCAAAGAAAACCAAGAAAAGACAGACGAUCAGUAUGAAGAAAAUUCACACCUCAACUCCGUUCCUCAUUGGAUUAAUAGCAAUUCACUAGGCUUUGGCGUGGAGCAGGCAGCGUAUGGCGUGCAGACACAGAAUUACCCCAAAGGCGGCCUCCUGGACAUGUGUGCAUCAUCCUCAGCACCCAGCGCACUCAGUUCCGAGCAGGACUUUCAGAUGCUCCCCAAGUCUCGACUCAACACCGUCAGCGUCAGUUACUGCCCCGUCAGUCAGGACUUCCCAGGCGGCAGCUUGAACCUUCUCGCUGGAGGUUCUGGAAAGCCCCGGGACCGUGACUCCCCCGAGAACGGCACGGACAGCUUCGAGAGCUCGGACUCGCUGCUGCAGUCCUGGAACAGCCAGUCGUCGCUGCUGGACGUGCAGCGAGUGCCUUCCUUCGAGAGCUUCGAGGAUGACUGCAGCCAGUCCCUGUGCCUCAACAAGCCGACCAUGUCCUUCAAGGACUACAUCCAGGAGCGGAGCGACCCGGUGGAGCAGGGCAAACCAGUCAUACCUGCGGCGGUGCUGGCCGGCUUCACAGGAAGCGGACCUAUUCAGCUGUGGCAGUUCCUCCUGGAAUUACUCUCGGACAAGUCCUGCCAGCCGUUCAUCAGCUGGACCGGGGACGGAUGGGAGUUCAAGCUCGCUGACCCUGAUGAGGUGGCCCGCCGGUGGGGGAAGAGGAAAAACAAGCCCAAGAUGAACUACGAGAAGCUGAGCCGCGGUUUGCGCUACUACUACGACAAGAACAUCAUCCACAAGACGUCGGGCAAGCGCUACGUGUACCGCUUCGUGUGCGACCUGCAGCACCUGCUGGGGUUCACCCCCGAGGAACUGCACGCCAUCCUGGGCGUCCAGCCCGACACGGAGGACUGAGGCCCGCGGGGCCCCGACCGGAGCCGGCCCCGCCCGCGUGGGCCCCCCCACCCCCCACCCCGAGGACCCUGACAGGUGGCGUUGAUCGCGUCCCGGAGAGUCGCCGCGGAGCAGUGGCCUUGUUCCCUCCGAAACCGCGGGUUUUCCGCCACCAGGAAGCACGGUUUCUCGCUCGGAGAGCCUGCCGACUUGGAACACGCUGCUGAUGACGCUCUUAACAUUAGAACGGCCGAGAAAGAAGCACUGGGAAGCCGCCCUGGCCGCCCCCAAUCCCCGAGCAGGCUGUGUGACCGGAACGUCCGGGCUCUCGGAGAGUCUCAAAGGAGCGAGCCUGUCUGGGGCACGCGCAUUUUGGGUUUUUUUUUUUGUUUUUGUUUGUUUGUUUCUCGUAAGUUUCUUUCCGCCUCUGGCAGCCGGGAAUCACAAAGGCAGGGGUGUUCUGUUCGGUUCAGAGAGGCGGAGGGGCGGUGCAGGGAGACUGUGGUGCCGUUUCAGGAGUCAGGUUUGUAUAUAUGACUGUAAUCUCCUCGUUGCUGUCUGAAUCCUCUAAUGGUCCUAUUUAACAAAAACUGUACAUUGUAAUUUAAAAUAAUUCCGUCAGCGUACGUGGAGCGGGAACGCAGAGCCCGUGCGGCAUUCUGCAAACGUCGUGUCUGCCCGGCCAGACGCAGAAGUUGUAAAGCCGUGUUAUUUACAUUCAAUAUGCCUACAGGUGUAAGUUCUGAGAGGGUCAGUCCCUUGUUUUUGUUUUGUUUUGCCCGGAUUAUCAUCCGGCAAGGACUUUGUACAUUUGGGAAUUUUUAUAAAAACACUUAAUGUUAUUAUCUGGAGGCACACGUAGCCUCCGCUUUCUCCUUAAUUGUAACGUAAAAGCUAUAGAGCAGUAUUUUUCUUGACGAAUGGCAUAUGUUUUCCAUUUCUGUGCAUGCCUUUAAACCAGUUGAUACGCAAACCUUCUUUUAUUUUUUAGUUCGACCGGGUUUCCCCGACGACUAACGUCCCCUGACCAGCCAUUCCCUUCCCAUGGUCCACCUCCGCGCCCCAAAUUAUUCUGUAUGAUUAAAAUAAGAAUGCUAUUUUUGGAAAUAUGUGGCUCCUUUUCAGAGAUCAGGAAGGAUUUAUGUAGCAGCUAUUUUUACUGCAGAAGUAAUUCACUGGAAAAAAUGCAAUUUGUAAGAAAGCUUUAUUUUUAUCUGCACUCCAUGUAAAGUUAAACGUAUUGUACAGAGCUGAAGGUUGGGGCCAGUGGGGGGAGGGGAGGGGGACCUUCACGAAGUCUGUUGGUCAUGAACGAAACUCGAAUUUUUUCCCUGGCCUGGCUCACCUGUCGGGUCACCGUGGGCUGUCUGGACACGCACGAUGCUGUUCCUUUCUGCUCAGUGCCCGCAGCGGCACGGGUCUUUGUUCCUAUUUUCACGGAAGCUGAAUGCCCAGAGGCAAAGAGAGGGCACAGAAAACGGGAGAGAGAAUCCUUUGGAGGGGUCGACUUGCAGAAAUGUUUUGCGCCCGACGGGAGACUCCCGUGGUUGUUUCGAAGGAGCGCCUGGGUCCGCGUGCAGUCAGGACGCUUGUAAACGAUCGAGUCGACCUGGUUUCGGAGUCUCACCUACUUCACUCGCAAUGUGAGAGGCCACUCAGAGGAGUGGCUCACGUCCCCGGAGAGGAGUCCAUCUAUGUAUUGAGACCACAAAACUGGGUGCGGGGGUCAGCUGGGAACAGCAACACCAGAGAUGGGGACUCUGUCUCAGUACCUACCCGAGACCGUUUCCAGUGUCGUUAAGCACAGGAUGUUUUUCUCAAGCGGGACAUGUUUAUCACUCAGACAUCUGUUUAUAACAUCAACAGACAUGUGACCGGGAAUGUCUUUCUGCCAAAGGGGAUCUUAGCCCUUGGCUCAUUUUAAAUGGGGUUGAACCACAUGAAAUUGCCAAUAUUGGACUUUUUUAGAAACUUACAAAGUUGGCAGUGUCAUGUGGUUCAACCUAAGUUACAGAAACCAAAGUCCAUCAUAAACCUUUGGUGUGGUCAUGCACAGAACUGAAGUAUAAAGAUUUUGUAAUCUGGCCUUUUCUCUUGCAAAUAAUAAAGUAUUUUGUUUAUAUAUA